GUGCGCGGCACAGACCUCCUUCUUUCGUGUCCUCGCCCACCCGUAGCUGGUCGAUCACACCAGCACCAGCCAGACGAAGCCAUCACCGUACUCUGUUCUAACAUAACUAAAGUUGAUCCAUCAGUUUUAAAUAAUUGUUAAAAUUCAUAUAUUUAAUAGUAAAAGUUGCAACAAUGGAGGAUAAAAAAAUCGAUCAGUACUACACACCACCCCCUAAACUUGGAAAAUGGGAGUCAUUCUCUACAUUUUUGUACAACUCCGAGACGGGACAGUUUCUCGGACGAACUGGCUCCAGUUGGGCUAAAAUCCUGCUGUUUUAUGUGAUUUUCUAUGGAGUAUUAUCGGGAUUUUUUGGUGCACUACUGGCGGUAUUUUACCAGACCCUAGAUUAUCAGCAACCAAAAUGGCAAUUGGAACGCUCGUUAAUCGGCAACAAUCCAGGACUUGGAUUCCGGCCGUUGCCACCAGACAGCAAUGUCGAGAGUACGCUCAUUUGGUACAAAGCCAGUGAUAAGGGGAAUUUCAUUCUCUGGGCUGAGGCACUCGACAAAUUUCUCGAAGCGUACGAACCCCCCAAGCCUGGCACCACUGGUCUGGCUGCGCAGUUUCAGGAGAACAGGGUUCUAUGCUCAUAUGGAAACCCACCGCCUCCUGGAAAAGCCUGCAUAGUUGAACUAGAGAAGUUUUCACCAUGCAUCAAACAAAACAGAUACAUGUAUGACAAGUCUCAGCCUUGUAUUUUCUUGAAGCUCAAUAAGAUCUUUGGUUGGCAACCACAAUUUUUCAACGACACAGAUAACCUUCCAUCCAACAUGCCCCAGGAUCUCCAAAAUCGCAUAAAAACCGCAAAAAUGCGAAAUCCCAAGGAAUUGGAAACAAUCUGGGUUUCAUGCGAGGGUGAAAAUCCCGCUGAUGUUGAGAACAUUGGACCGAUUCAGUAUAAACCAAGCUCGGGAUUCCCCGGUUACUAUUUCCCGUACACAAACAGACCGGGUUAUCUCAGUCCGCUGGUCGCUGUUUGGUUCGAGGCGCCAAAGCGCAAUGUUCUAAUCAACAUCGAGUGCAAAGCGUGGGCCAAAAACAUUAUCCACGACCGUUUCGAGAGGCGUGGUUCAGUUCACUUCGAGUUGAUGGUGGAUUAAACACAGUUUUCCAUUAAUAAAUCAUCAAUUGCGAAAGACCAUAAAACAUCCCCAUUAAACAAACAAAAAAAAAGUAAAAAUAAAAUUUAAAAACUCAUAACAGCAGUUACCAAAAGAACAGAAUAUACCAGACUCAUCGAUGAAUACGAUUCAACUCGUACAAAUCACUCGAUCCGGAUGAGAAAAACUGAGAAUAAAUGAUAAAGUGUCGGAAAAAUCGGACCACCUUUCCCCAUUUCAACCGAAAGGAGAUGGCAUUUUUCAAGAGCGAUUGUACGAGAUGAUAACAGAUGCACUGAUAUGAAUUAACAUUUAUGGGCUCUCCCCAUUAUUAUUGUUAUCCACUGCCGUUGAUCUCAAUGUUCUUCUCCGUCGACAAUUUUCAAUGCGUCUUUAUCAUCCUAAAAUGAUCAUGAAUUAAAAUAAUAAGCAUCAGAGAGCACAAAAAACAUCAGAAAAAAGAACGAGUGGAAAGAAUUCUGCAGUGAAGCGGUGAAUUAGAAACGAAAAUAUCAAGAAAAUUCUUUUGAAAAUGUGAAAUUUCCGUGAAAAAUGUCUCUUGAUAUUUUCCGUGACCAACAAGGUGUUCAAACAGACCCGUUACAUUUAUCAAUUCACUUCGGAAUAGUAAAGAAUACUCAUCAUUUCACAUUAAGCACAAAAGCAGUGUCGACGCAGAGGAGUGAAAUCUCGCAGGCUUCUGGAAUGGUGAUCUGAUUUUUUCAUGGCGACAGACACAUUUUUUUAUGUACAUCAUUAUUAUUUCAUUAAUUUAUUCGAAUGAAGAAUUUUCUGUUAAUUUAUACUAUUCACUGAUGUAACAUCAAUAAUGCUAACGCUUUACGUUCAUAAUUUUAAGAGGAAUGAAUAAUUUACACAACACUAACGACGUUUUACAUCGACUUUCAUUCGAAUGAUGCAAAUGAGAAUGAUGAAGAAUCAAACAAUUUGUUAAAAGAACAUUCCGACUCCACAUGAUUCCAAAAAUUCGGUAAUACGAGCCAGCGAUUCAAAUCGAUACGAUCGAAAUUUCAUGGAUUUAGAGCUUUCAAUGUGUGUCAUGACUAAAUGAGCAAAUAAUUGCGACAAUUCUGUUGAGUUUUUUCAUGUACGAGGAAGCACUUGUGACCUCUGCGAUAUAGUACGUGUCUUAAUAGGGGAUCGACGAUCAGAUAAGUCCAACACAUGAUUGAAAAAAAAUAUAUAUAAUAGAAAAAAUCCUAAAAAAUCUAAAAAAAACAAUACAUAUGUAUAGAACACGCUUUUGAGGAGGCAUUUGCUUAGUCACUGGAGAUCUGUGAAGAGAUGAGAAUGUGCAACGUCAAAAAAAAAUUCUGCAAGCCUAUAGUGAUGAUAUAUCGUCCUUACGAUCAUACAUACGAACAAAAAUAAUGAAAGAAAAAAUUAAAAAAUGUUUAAGAUUAAAUUAAUUGUACCGAAUAAUAAAAUACUAUAGUGAUAUAGUAAACACAGUCGUAUAUAGUUGAAAUAGGUACUUAGGAGUGAAAAAAAAUGGUUGUUUCGAUGAUUUAUCUUUUUGAGAGAGAAAAUACGUUCCACUAACACGACUUUUUCUUAAAAUAAAAAUGUAAACAUGAACUAAGAGAUUUGUGAAGAUAAAAUGCAAUGCAAUGAGUAAAACUGUUCACAGAAUCCUGAUUAAUAUGCCUGAUCUAUGAGUACCAGUGGCACUUUACAUUAAUCUAUUUGAAGGGACGAGUGUAUCAUUUAAUUACUGUUCAUUAAUUUAAUCGCUAUUUAUUGAAUCGAGACUUUGUAUUUAUUAGACGCAUUGACUGUACACGCCUGUGUGUGCCGCCGUUUAAACAAUUUUAUUGAUAAAUAAAGAACAUCGUAAUACCUAUUAAUUA